AUGCCUCUCAGUUUGCCAUCAUCCAGGGGACAACAUCGAACGCGGGUCUUUCAACCCAAAUUCAGGAGGACGGAUGUCUGCACCGUAAUUGCUGCCGCUUCUGGUAUCGUCUGUGUGUUACUGCUUGCCCUCCGUGGAAGCUGGCCAAUCACAGAUGAAUCCUCUCUGCAAUUUCCGUAUCUCUCGACGACUUCUGCUUUGAAGCCAUCCGCAGGCAAUAUGUAUGAUGUCUACAAUGAUACGCUUGGUUUUGAGAAGAUUUUCCUGGUCUCCUUGCCCGAACGUACAGAUAGGAGAGACUCGUUUGCAGUACAAGCAAGGCUGUCCAACAUGAGCUUUACUGCAGUCGACGGCGUGGAUGGGAGGACAGUGUCAGCGAAAGCACUACCUUAUACAAUGGAUCUCAGACCUGCUCAAAUUGGCGCUUGGCGCGCUCAUCUGAACAUCAUGCAGAAUAUCGUCGCAAAUAAUAUCGCGACCGCACUGAUCUUCGAGGACGACGCAGACUGGGAUGUGGGCAUCAGAGCCCAGAUGAGAGAGCUUGCCAAGGGCGCUCGAUGGUUAGGCAAUGCGUCUGGAUCGGAAACAGAUCUGCACUCGCCUUAUGGGGAUGACUGGGAUAUUAUGUGGAUAGGGCACUGCUCUAUCAAGUCUUCCACCUACGAUCCUCGACGAUGGGUGAUACCACACGACCCGACUGUAGUGCCUCCGGAACGCCGCACCGAAUUUGACAAAGCACACAUGCGACAAUGGGAGACUGGCCCCAAUGCCGACAAUCAGACUCGUAUCGUCUUCGUUCCGACCUGGGGAUACUGUUUGGCAGCAUAUGCAGUGUCUCUUCGAGGUGCAAUGAAGAUACUGUAUCACGAAAGCAUGUCAAAGUACAACGAUCCCGUCGAUACAGGGUUGGGCUGGAUGUGUGCGAAUCCUCAAUCCUGGUCCGAAUUCCACUGCAUAGCACCAUACCCAACCAUAGUCGGAAUUUCUCGACCUGCCGGAAACACCGACAAGUUCAGCGAUAUCGAUCCUGACAAAUUUACCGAGAUUCAAGUCAGUGAGGAAUCUCACUCGGAGCAUCUUGUGUUCCCCCUUCGCCAAAACAUAGAUCGCUUGUUGGCUGGUCAGGUGGAUUUUCAGAGUCAGUUUCCUGAUAGCACGGGUGAAACCAUGCACAUUGAUGAUAUCAUGGCUGCGACUGGUCACGGCGAGAUACUCGAUCUGUCACUUGAUGAUGAGCUGUAA